UUUACUUAUAAAGAGAACCUCAUUCUCUGAGGCACCAAUUGCAAUUCUUUACUUUCCCUGCCUUCUUCUCUUUUCUUUUCCACACUGUGUGCUGUGCUGUGCUGUAACCGUACGAUCUCAUUCUCAAAUCUCACUCACUUUUUGUCUCUUAGUAGAGAGAAAGAAAUGGACAAGGCUCCAAAAGUGAGGCGUGGAAGCAGUGCGUUCUCAAACUCCAACAAGCGACGACAUAUAUCUAAACAAUCUCGACGACACAAACACAAACUCUUCGCUGUUAUUAGCCGUGGGGACUUUCGAUUCUCGAAGAAGGAAAAGGUGAGAAGCUUGAGUGCCGUCGGAACGGCGUCGUCGAGCUUCCAAAUGGCUUGUAUUAAUGCCUCUGAACGACGAAAAUGCGAACCUCCUUCAACCGUCAUUGCCACCACCAAGAGAUUCAAGCUUCAUAAGAAUUUUCUGAAUGACUCCAACGUUGCCUCUGUUCCACGGAAGCUACGUUCAGCCACGAAGAAACGGGGUCGCGAAUCCAUGUUACUUGAUUCAGAAAAGGUGAAGCAUAAGAUGGAUGGAAUAGAAUCUCUCAAAAAGGAUAGUGUAAAGAAGUCCAAAAAACAAGGAAUGUGGCGUGACUGGUCCCCUAGAGAAGGAGCUUCUGGGGCCAUCACAAAAGAUGAGGAAGAGGUUGCCGAGACUCUCUAUGCCUUGGCUGGAAUGUUCCCUCACAAUGCCUCCAAUCAUAAUAGUACGGAUUUAGAUGGCAAAUCUUUGCCUGAUAAUUCAUCAGUUUUGCAAGACUUGGAGGAUAAUGCUAGUGAUGCUCUUCAAGCCUCAGCAACUGCUCCUGUUGCAAGUCCUAGUUGUCACGAAAGUUCAGCUGGAGAAGCUUCAAAAACCAGUUGGUUGAAUGAAGCUGUUGGUCAAAAACAACCUGAUUUGCCUGAUAGUCCAACGCUCUUGAUGUCAUCUCGUAGCGCUUCUCUAACUAUAAAUCUUCAGACCAUGCCUGUGGCGGUUAAGCAUGAAAAGAGCAGCAAAGUUGCAUUGCAUGACUCUGAGUUAUGUCUAGCAAUGGGACAAUCACGGAUUUCUCAAGUUGAGAGGAAACCAGAUGUGGCAUUUGAAGCGGCAAGAAACGUUGAUUGCAAGCAACAACAGCAUAUGAUCAAGGACCAAAAAGGAAAUGAAGGACUUGCAUUAUGGCCAGGCUUAUCACCAGUGGCACCAGCUGGCCAGGCUUAUCUACAGUCUUCUGCUACUAAAGCUCCUGAUUGGCUGGAAGCUGCAAUCCGUGUCUCCAAAAUGGAUUCCAUGGAAACUUCAACUUGUUCUUCUAGUGGGAGGAUUUUUAUUCCUAAAAGAUCAUGGAAGAGGUGUGCAGCUCAUGUUCACAUCAGUCAUUUAAUCAAGAGUCUAGAGGUGCCAAAAACACAGGUUAUCAAAGAAUCUGAGCUUUUUGGAUGUCAUCAAAUGAGAGAACACGAAGGAUCAAAGCGUGGAGUUCUUUUAGAAGUACACAGCUCAAACAGAAUGAAAAUUGGAAUCACUUCUUCUACUUUGAGGAAUCCACAUGAAAGUAAGAAUAUUAUUCUUCAGCGGCAAAGCCAUUAUCGAGACAUAUCACAGGCUGCUCCAACACCUGUGGUGUAUGGCCCUCAAAAGCAAAAUUUCAACUUCUUGUCCUUGUCAGCAGGAAGUAAUGGGUUAAAGCUAGACAAUAAUUAUAAUAAAAUUGGAAGUAGGUUGGAACCAUUAUCAAAAUUGCAAGUGCCUUAUUUACAGUCAUUAACACCGUUGCAUGGGGGCAUACCAAUUCCCGCGACUCAGAGACAGUAUGCCUCAACUUCUUACCUUGAUCAGCUUUCUGUUGCAGGACCACAGGUUCUGUUGCAGCAACCUCAUUAUUUUGGUAACCCGUUAUAUGGAACUCAUUAUGGUUCGACAGUCUCACAUAAACAAGAACACCAAAGCUUAUGGGGGGUGCAACAAGCAGAACAAGGUAGGUCUACAGUAAAUUUCAAUAUUUUGAGGACCCAGUAUCCUAAUUGGCAAAGUGGAAGGCAUGACUCUUCUGCAUUGAGUCCAUGUGCCCAAGCAAUCCUCCCCUGUUCCCCUGCAUCACAAGAAAUUUUUGGAUCCAAGAUCACUUCAAUCUCCGGGCAACAGAAGCAGCACCUUGCACACUUACAAGACAAAUGGACUAGAGCUUCAUCGUCUCCCUUCAUUGUAUGAAGAAAUUAGAGACAGAAUCACAAGUAGUGGUACAAUAUCGCCACAAAUGCGAUUGUAAAGUGAUGUGCAACCGGAAUACGAUUCAUUGUUUUAUAUUUUCUACUACACUCCCGGCUUUUAGAGCUGAGCCUUUCACAUUGAAAGUAGCACAGAACUUGCAAGCUGCUAUAGAAGAUUGAUCUAGUGGAAUUGCGAGAAAAAAACAAAUGUUAACAGUGUAGCAAGACCUGAAACUUGAAAGUAUCACGCAAAAAUCUUUUCGUUUCCCAGAA